UACCAUAAACAGAGAGAUGGGAUUUCCUUGGUCAUAGGGGAAUACAAUAUAUACUUAUGAUGCCAGCUGCCCACAGAGACAAUAUUCUUCCUCCAUUCUUCUGGCUGUGUCUGCCUCAGCUCAUAGGGGCAAAAAUUUAAAUCAGCCAAGAUGUCAGAGAAAAAGAUGUCGUCGAGUCGCAAGCAUCAUCUGAAGAGCUUGAUGCUUUCCAUCGCUAAAGGUAUACUGGAACAGGAAGUAAAGGACAGAGAGGUGGAGAGGGAGAGAUACAUGGCAGAGACCUGCCAGCCUCUGUCUCUACCUUCAGGCAUACAGGCAUUACAGGAACUCUGCAGGGAGCUUCACCACAAAAUUGAUGUCAUUGAUGAGGAGAGAUACGACCUGCAAAUGAAAGUCAACAAGAGUGCAAAGGAGAUCGAGGACCUGAAUAUCAAAGUUAUUGACCUGAAGGGCAAGUUCAAGAAGCCAACUCUGAGGAAGGUGCGCAUGUCUGCUGACGCUAUGCUUCAGGCUCUGCUGGGCUCCAAACACAAGGUGUCUCUGGAUCUGAGAGCCAACCUCAAACAAGUCAAGAAGGAGGUCAAAGAGGAGGAUAAGGAGCUGCGUGAUGUUGGUGACUGGCGUAAGAAUGUUGAAGACAAGGCUGGCAUGGAUGGCAGGAAGAAGAUGUUUGAAACCGAGGCUUAAUUUUUUUAAUCGUUUUUUUUUAAGUUCAAUAUGCUGCUGAAUCAGAAUUGGCUUAAAAUGAUGCGAUAAACUCUUUAUGUACCUAAACCACACUCAUUUACUUUUGAAAAUCACAAAUCUAUAAAAGUAAAUAUGAUCAUUUAGUUUUCUGUUCAAAACUGGUAUUGAAAUGUGUAUUAACAUCCCAUGUCUCAAAGUCUUACAUCAUCAUUAAAUCGGUUAAGCAAGAA